AAAAACAGAAACAAAAUCUGACGACGACUCUUCGUGAUCAGAUAGCAAAAAAUAGAUCGCAGUUUUGUAAAGUAGAAGAGAACAAUAAUAAUUUCAAGUGAUGUGGUGUUAUUAUGUAGAAAUAAAUUUGUCGCAAACUGCAUAAGAUAAGAAUUCAGAUAUGAGCAGCCAACAGCAGUUAGGUCUUGUUGCCCCACCACUUGGAUUAGGGGAAGUUGAUCAUGUCCGAUCCUUGUCAGACAACUUAAACGCUCUUCUUCUGAGUGAUAAUUACCAGGAUAUUACCCUUAUUGUUGAAAACCACAGAAUUCCUGCCCAUAAGAUCAUCUUGGCAUCAAGAAGUGAAUAUUUCAGGGCUUUGCUAUUUGGUGGCUUGCUGGAAAGCCAAAAAAGUGAAAUUGAGCUAAAAGGGAUUAGUGCUGCAGCUUUCCAUGUUCUGCUCAAGUACGUCUACACCGGGUAUGUCAGCCUUAGCAGUAUGAAGGAGGAACUUGUGAAAGACCUGUUGGGUCUAGCACAUCAGUAUGCUUUUCCGGAAUUGGAGCAGUCUGUUUCCGACUACUUAAAAUCUAUUCUUAGUCAAACCAACAUGUGUUUGGUAUAUGACGUCGCCAACUUAUACCAAUUACGCGCUCUUAUGGAAGCAUGCAGGCAAUAUGCAGAUAAACAUGCAACGGAUAUUCUCCAAAGCGAAGCAUUUCUUCAGUUAUCACCAGGAACGCUCUGUGAUCUUCUUCAGCGCGAUUCUUUCUGCGUCACUGAAAUAGAAAUUUUUCGCGCCGUUUUGCGCUGGUGGCAUCAUAACAGCUAUGACGAUUGUGUCGUGAAGGAAGACACAACCAAUGAACUCAAUUCAGUCCUGAAGUCUGUCAGAUUACCCCUAAUCACGCUCUCCGAACUCCUAAAUGAAGUACGGCCAAGUCAUUUGGUAUCCAGUGAUGUUAUCCUUGACGCACUGAAAUUUCGGACUGAAUCUCGCGAUUCAGAUCUCCCUUAUCGUGGCCAAUUAAUGCCUGAAGUAAACGUAGCCCAUUCAAGACUCGGGGCCCAGGUUUUGCAAGGAGAAAUGCGCACCGCACUUUUAGAUGGCGAGACUACUAAUUAUGAUAUGGAACGGGGCUUCACGCGACAUCCAAUCGAAGACGGUAACGCUGGUAUUGUAGUCCGACUUGGACAGCCUUCUAUCAUAAACCACAUAAAAGUUCUGCUGUGGGACAGAGAUAUGAGGUCAUACUCAUACUUCAUCGAGGUUUCCAUGGAUCAGCGUGAUUGGGUACGGGUAGUUGAUUACUCAAACUAUCAUUGCCGCUCGUGGCAGCGUGUCUAUUUCCCCCAGCGAGUUGUACGCUUCAUCAGGAUAGUUGGAACCCACAACACCGUAAAUAAAGUGUUCCAUGUUGUUUCUCUUGAAGCAUAUUACUCACCAGUGGUCGUCCGACUGGAAAAAGAGCUAAUAGUGCCAAAACAUAAUGUUGCCACAAUCCAGCUUUCUGCAUGUGUAGUAGAAGGUGUAAGUCGAAGCAGAAACGCAUUGCUAAAUGGAGACACAAAAAAUUAUGAUUGGGAUUCUGGCUAUACUUGUCAUCAGCUGGGAUCAGGGGCGAUUGUCGUUCAGUUAGCCCAACCAUAUGUCGUCAGCUCAAUGAGGCUUUUGCUUUGGGACUGCGAUGAUCGUCGAUAUAGUUUUUAUGUUGAAGUGUCGACAAAUAAUCGCGACUGGAUUACGGUUUGUGACAGGAGUCGUCAGCCUUGCCAAUCAUGGCAAAGUAUAAGCUUUGUGCCACAACCGGUUGUCUACGUAAGAAUCGUUGGAACUCAAAACACAGCAAACGAUGUUUUUCAUUGUGUUCAUUUUGAAUGUCCUGCUCAAGAGGAUGGAAAUGGAUUUGAAGAGUUGGUGGGUUCAACUCCUCAAUUACCUGUAGACGCACCGUUAUCUAACCCCAGUCCCCUAGUAGUAGCCGAUGCUACUACCCCACCUGUCCCACCACCAUUACCCGAUCAUUUCAGCAAUUUUAAUCCGAGGCCACUUGAUCGUGAACGCCGUAACCUAGAGGAGGAGGAAGAAAUCAACCUUCCAAUCAGAUUUACAGUUGGAUCACUCACUUCGCAGCGCAGUCCAAGACAAUAACAAUACUAUUUGAGGCUCUUCUUAAUUGCAUGAACGUUUGAACGGUUUUUAUUUGCCUCAACUAGGUAUUGAUCAGCUGGUUUUCCGACUUUGUCGUGAAAUACCUAAUGCUUCUACUACGCCAACAUGUCAAAAAAGCCUAGUGCUAUGGUUGUUCGAACACACCAUGCAAAUGGAAUUUGGUUCCCAUCCCUGAUAUCGCUAAAGUAGAGGCAGAGGCUAUAAUACUCAUUGUGAUGAUCGAAGUUGGUUAGUAGACUUGGAGUAAGGAUUCGAAUUGGCAAUGAAUGAGCCUAGCUUUUAGCUAAAGCUAUCCCCCAGUCGAUAAUGCUGGUCUCUUUGUUCGAGUUUGUUUGAAAUUGGUGCUGAUGUUCUAAUAAUUUAUAUAUGUAGAAAGCCUAUUGUUUAAAAAUAAACAUCGUUUGCAUAGUUAA